CCGGUUACAAAUGGCUUUAGACGGCGUGUCCUUCAACAGAGCAUCGCAAGGAGCGGAGAGGUGUUCGUAUCCGAGCGACUAACACUGAUCGCGGUUGGAACAAUGGGAGACGUUGAAAAGGGCAAAAAGAUUUUCGUCCUGAAAUGCUCCAGCUGCCACACUGUUGAAAAGGGAGGAAAGCACAAGACUGGCCCAAAUCUCUAUGGGAUAUUUGGGCGCAAGACUGGGCAAGCAGAAGGCUUUUCUUAUACAGAUGCCAACAAAAACAAGGGUAUCACUUGGGAUGAGAAAACACUGUUUGAGUAUCUAGAGAAUCCAAAGAAGUAUAUCCCCGGGACAAAGAUGAUCUUUGCUGGAAUAAAGAAGGCGAGUGAAAGAGACGACUUAAUAGCAUACCUCAAACAAGCCACCUCCAGCUAACAACGACACCUGCUGCUUUAUUUAUUUUAUGGCAUUAUGUGUGAUGAGAUCAUUUUAACUUUUAUAUAUAUUUUUUAUUUGUACUGUCAGUGUAUCAUAGAUUAUGUCUCAUCAACCAGAUGUAAACACAAUGUAGCAAAUAAAUUCGGCAAUGUCAAUAUGAUCCGACUGUGAAAUGUUGCCACCAUUAAAAUAA